AUGGAAAAAUUACUUGACAGAUGGUGGAUCCAAGAAAUUGAGAGCUCAUUCAAUGGCUUGAAAAUUAUAAUAACAACAAUUAUUUCGGUCUCUGCAAUUAUAAGACUCAUUUACAUGAUCGCCACAUGAACUUUCUUCAAUGAGAUAAUGAGUAUUUCCUACAUUUUCUGGGUGAUUGCUCUUUUUAUUACCUGGAAAACUCAGCUUUCCCACAAGUCAAAAAUUAUUGUCGCCCUGAUAACAACAGAAGCCCUUGAUAUUGAUUUAAUGCUCUGAGCACAUUAUACUAAAGCUGAUUCUCCUUUUAUUAUUUUAUCAACGUAUAUGAUUUUGGUGAUCCAAACACAGUAUAUAAGAUCAUCUUUGCUGGUAUUUUUUAUCGGCGUAAAACAUAUAAUCCAAUGAUAUUAUUUACCAAUUUUUUUAGGUCUAAUCAAGGAUACUUAUGAUCUAAAGCCAUAUAUUGUAAUUUUAGGUAUUUUAUUGGUUAAUUAUAAAAAUCGAUUUCACGAAAGAAGCCUUGAAUAUGAGAGAUUCGCUUAUAAAACACAGCUUGAAGAAACUAACUCACCACCUUUAAAUUGGAACAAAACAUAGAUGAAGUUUUCCCACUUUUUGAAUGCUUUAAACCCCCUUUAAAUUGAAACUUUUUUUUCUAAUAGUAAAUUUUAUACUAAUUUUUAUAAAAUUAAUUUGACCAAUUUUAAUGGAAAAAGUGCAAGCAGAAUAUAAUUUAAUUUUUAAAUAAUUAUUCAUUAGAUUCAAAAACAUUGGGCUCAAUUUACAUCUCUUUAAUUUUAUAAAUAUUAAAAAAAAGUUUUAUAUGGUGAAAAUUAACCUCAAUUGGAACAGGAUUUUUAUUCUAAUUUAAAGGGGAAUAAGCAAAAAUUUUUUGUGGUCUUACAAACCUUUCCAGAUGGACUAAUAGUGAUGCUAAAUGACUCAAAAAUAGAGUUAACUAAUGAAAAAAUUCCAGAACUUUUAAACUGUCAACAGGACAAAAUUCUAGAAACCAUUUCGUCACUUUUAUAUUAUGAGCCAGAAAAUAGCUCUCUUGGGAAUCACUUUUUAAUUGAUGAUAUUCAGAAUAGUUUUGAUUUAGACAUGGAACAAGAAAUUUCACUGGGGAUUGUAAUAAUAUGCAACAUUUGCUAUGAGUGAAAGGCAAAAAAGAUUUUAUGGGGAUCCCAAGAAGCUUUAAUUUUAACUGUCCAUUCUAUUGAUCAUAUCAUAAAUUCGCAGCAAAAUUUGACUGAAAAAAGGUUUAAGAACGCUGUUUUUCAUUCAUUAUCUCAUGAACUGAGAACCCCAACAAAUGCGAUAAUUUCAAUUUUAGAACAGAAUUUAGGAAAAUUCGAUGAAAAAAGUAAAGAAAGGCUUUCCCUCGCGAAUGUGUCGUCUAAGCUUUUGCUUUCAUCGAUUAAUGACAUGCUUGACUUUUCAAGAAUUAUUAAUGGGACAUUUAAACCGCUUUCAGUUAAUUUUUCAGUAAGAAAAGUUAUUAAUGAGCUUCAUUUUAUCAUAAAGACUUUAGCAAUGCAAAAAAAUAUUGAAAUUUGCUGCAGGGUAGAUCCUUGCAUUCCAAAUGUCAUCAGCUCAGACUCAAAUAGGCUGUCCCAGAUUUUGCUGAAUCUAUUAAAUAAUGCAUUAAAGUAACUUUCAUAUAGAUUUACGAAGAGAGGCUACAUAGAAGUAUGCGCAGUUUUGACUCAUCAAAACAAAUUAAAAUUUAUUAUAAAAGACACAGGAAUUGGGUUUUCAAAAAAUAAAUUAAAAUGGAUUCGCGAAAUGCUCAUCAAUAUGAAGGUAAAUGAUAUAGGAAAAGAAGGCUUAGGACUAGGCUUAUACAUUUCAAAUAUGAUAGUAAAGCAAUUAUCUGGGAGUCACAUACAUAUUCAUUCAGAGCAAGGUGUGUGCACUUCUUUUAGCUUCACAAUCGAUAUAGGCCUACCAAUUCCCCAUAUUAGUACAGAAGAAGCCACCCUAAAAAUUCCUUCAGAAAAAGCUUGCCCAAAUAUUAAUAGAUAUACCCAUUUAUAAUGAAUUUUUACGAUAAUGCUGGAUUUCAAUGAAUUUAUAGGUAUUAGUAUACCUUAGAUGCAGAAAAAGGUCAGCAAAAGUAGCGAAAAAAGUUUUGCUUGUAGAUGAUAAUGAACUGAAUAGGGCUGUCGUAGCAGCCAUUUUUGAAUCAGUAAACAUUUCAUUUCUUGAAGCUUGUGAUGGAAAAGAAGCAGUUAAUAGAGUGACUGAAUAUGAUAAACUAGGCGGAUUUAAAGUAAUUCUGAUGGAUUGCAACAUGCCAGAGAUGGAUGGCUGAGAAGCCACUAGUAAAAUCAUUCAAAUGCACAAUGAAUAUGAAAUAAAUAAUUUACCUGUGAUAAUUGGGUAUACAGCAUUUACUGCUGAUGAGGAUGUCCAACUUUGUUAUAGAAGUGGAAUGACUGAGUAUAUUGCAAAGCCUGCUUCAAAAGAUCUUCUCCUGAAAACUAUUCGCCGAUAUCUAGAUGAGUAA